AUGCGGCGUGGCGGUUCAUGUCUCACGGUUGAGGGGAAGGCGUUGGGUCCUCUCGGCAGCAGAAGCCCCGUCUUUAUUAUGCUGGCAAUCCUGUUCACACUCUUCACCAACUCGUCAGAGUUUGGCCCCUCCGACGAGGUUGGCACAAUCAUCACAAGCUGUCCCCGUCCUACGCUGCUGCAGCAGCUGGUGUCAUUUGCGGCAAUGCGGGAUGUGGCGGAGGAGGAGCAGCUUGACUGGGGCGUGCCAGCCACCCUCGGUCGACAGAACACAUACAGGCUGCAGGUGAAACCAGCGGAGCAAAGCGAGGGGGAUCAUGCAGGGGAAAAUCCGCAUGGGAACGCCGCCUCCUCGGCCUCCUCCACGGGAAACGAUGUGAACUCUGCGAAUGCUCCAUCGCAGUCGCGUCGCCGCCCACACCGUCGUCAGCGUCGGAAAAAGAAGACAGAAAGUGAGUCACUAGGGGAAGAUGUGGGGACGCCUGUGUCUCUUGGCACGUGCGGCACGAAAAGCCUUAACGGUGCUUCCUCCUCUGGUGGUAGUAAUUUGUAUUCAAGCGACGUGGGGGAACAUGCCGAGACGGUUUUCACCACCUCUCAGCGUCUGUGGGCGCAGUUGCACAUGGUGGAGGUGGCUUUCAGCUGUGGAGACAAUAAUUUACUGCACAUCACCGAGCGAUUUCUGAGGUGCGGGAACAUGUACCCAAUUAUAUACCGUUGCCAUCUUUCUCAGGUGCAGGCGGCACAUGAACAGGCCUUGCUUGACGCGCCCAAUACUGGAGUGCAGAAAUCUUGCUUCUGGUCAUGCCGUUCCUGCGGGAAGGCUCAUGAUUUGGUGUGCGAGUCGUGCAUGCGUUGUAAGCGCCAAUCUGGGCCCUACAAAAAACUCAUUUUUGACCAAUUACUACCAGAGACGGACUAUGCAACGAGCGUCUUGCGUCUGCUACACGCCACACACCCGGAGGUCACUAUCCAUCGUAUUGAGACUCAGCCGCAUGUCGACGGGGGUGGUCGUAGCAGCGUCGCAGUCUACGUCAGUGCGGAUGCGGCCCCCGAAUUGGUAGAAAAACUGAACGGAAAUGUGUUCUUUGACAUGGAUGAUGAUGAUGAUGAUGAUGAACGUACCGGGGGUGGUGUGCGUGUGCACUACGUGUACGGCUCCCAGAGGCCGUGGCUGUGGGCGUUCAUCAACAUGCGUAAGGCGCAAUGCAAGGACCCAAAUAAACUACCAUGGGGGGCUUUGGUGGUGGUGAUGGAGACAUCCAAAGAGAAGAUUUCUGGUGGAACUGCGACCAGGGCGUUUCGACCCACACGUACAAAAAGGAAUUUGUUUUUAAUGAGUAAUUAG